CUCUUUUGACGAACUCUUUAGCAACGAAACGACGCAAACAUGGGAAAGGAAAAGGUUCACAUCAAUAUCGUUGUCAUCGGACACGUAGAUUCCGGUAAAUCGACCACCACUGGUCACCUUAUCUACAAGUGCGGUGGUAUCGACAAACGUACCAUCGAAAAGUUUGAGAAGGAAGCUCAGGAGAUGGGUAAAGGUUCCUUCAAGUACGCAUGGGUCUUGGACAAGCUGAAAGCCGAACGUGAACGUGGUAUCACGAUUGAUAUCGCCCUUUGGAAAUUUGAAACUGCCAAGUACUAUGUGACUAUCAUCGAUGCUCCGGGACACAGAGAUUUCAUUAAGAACAUGAUCACUGGUACGUCUCAGGCCGACUGUGCAGUGUUGAUUGUGGCUGCUGGUACGGGAGAAUUCGAAGCUGGUAUUUCCAAGAACGGUCAGACCCGUGAGCACGCACUACUUGCCUUCACCCUCGGCGUCAAGCAGCUCAUCGUUGGUGUCAAUAAAAUGGACUCCACUGAGCCGCCAUACUCGGAGGCUCGUUUCGAGGAAAUUAAGAAGGAAGUUUCCUCCUAUAUCAAGAAGAUUGGUUACACCCCAGCUGCUGUCGCUUUCGUUCCCAUCUCAGGGUGGCACGGAGACAACAUGCUCGAGCCCUCGAGCAAGAUGCCAUGGUUCAAGGGAUGGGCCGUCGAACGCAAGGAAGGCAAAGCUGAUGGAAAGUGUCUCAUUGAGGCACUCGAUGCCAUCCUCCCACCCAGCAGACCUACCGAUAAGGCUCUGCGUCUUCCCCUGCAGGACGUUUACAAGAUUGGAGGUAUUGGAACGGUGCCCGUAGGCCGUGUAGAAACUGGAGUUCUGAAGCCAGGUACCGUCGUAACCUUUGCUCCAGCAGGUCUCACGACUGAAGUAAAAUCCGUCGAGAUGCACCACGAGGCUUUGACUGAAGCCGUGCCCGGCGACAACGUUGGUUUCAACGUAAAGAACGUUUCCGUCAAGGAACUUCGUCGUGGAUAUGUUGCCGGUGACUCUAAGAACAAUCCGCCCAAGGGCGCCGCCGAUUUCACCGCUCAGGUAAUCGUUUUGAACCACCCCGGUCAGAUCAGCAACGGUUAUACGCCAGUGUUGGACUGUCACACGGCACAUAUAGCGUGCAAGUUCGCCGAGAUUAAGGAGAAAUGCGACCGACGUACGGGUAAAACGACUGAGGAGAAUCCAAAGGCGAUAAAGUCGGGAGACGCGGCCAUCGUGACUCUGGUGCCGAGCAAGCCGAUGUGCGUCGAAGCCUUCCAAGAAUUCCCGCCAUUGGGGCGCUUCGCUGUGCGUGACAUGCGUCAGACUGUCGCUGUCGGUGUUAUCAAGGCAGUCAGCUUCAAGGAUGCCACAGGCAAAGUCACCAAGGCCGCCGAGAAGGCACAGAAGAAGAAAUAACUAGCUACUAUAACGGAUGACCACCGUGAGGUGGCGCCGCCGCCUCCCUGUCCCGUGUCUCAAUUAAUUGAUUAUUAUUAUUAUUAUUGCGAUAGUAAUAAGUCGGCUACUGCCGCUGCUGCUUCUGCUACCCUCAUGGUAGUUAACGUUGCUGAGAUUAUGAUAUCCAUUAUUAUGAUUAUUAUGACACGGAGGACUGACGUCGCGCCAUGCUUAUUAUUCACGAAACGUUGUUUAUUAUUUCUUUUACUAUCUAAAUCCGAAUGGCUGAUACAGCAGCACUGUUGUUUCCACCGCAAGGAAUUUCGCAGGAAAAAAUAUUACCUAUCGUAAUAAUGUAAUAAUAACUUUUUAAAGAUGGCAACCGAGCAACAUGAAUUACUAUCAGCAAAAAACAUAACAACAAGGUAACUAAUUGAACAAACUACAAGUGCUGAUUAAAUUUAUGUUUCUUUUC